AUGUUGGACUUAGCAGACCCCAACUGUUUCCAACAAGCCCAAAUCGAUAUGAUUAUCGGCAGUGAUCUGAUCCCUCAGAUCAUGCUCAGUGGUAUACAUCGCAACAUACGUGGAGGCCUGCUCGAGCAAAAUACCAUAUUUGGAUGGAUCAUAAGUGGACCCAUCACUUGUGAAGUGUCAGUGUUCUCGACACAAGUGGAAGAAGUUUCUAACGAACUCCUUAGUACACAACUAAGACAGUUCUGGGAGCAAGAAGAACUGUACCACCCUGUACCGAUUUCAGAAGAGGAUAUAGCAUGCGAGGACUACUACCAAAGGACCACAUAUCGUGAGCCAGACGGCAGAUACAUGGUGAGACUCCCCUUCAAAUCAAGUUUCACAAACUUGCAUGCAUUAGGCCAAUCCCGUAGCUAUGCCUACAGCCAGUUGAUCAGUAUGGAGAAAAAUCUCGCCCGAAAAGGCAAUCUCAAAGCCAUUUACGACGAGAUCUUAGAAGAAUAUCUUACGAUGGAUCACAUGGAACCAACCAGCUCACAAGAAAUCGCCUCAGAUAGCAAAUAUUUCUCAUUUUAUUUGCCACAUCAUGCUGUAGUCAGACCUGACAAAACAACUACAAAGGUGCGCGUUGUUUUUAACGGCUCUAGGAAUACUAGCUCUGGGUAUUCCCUCAACGAUGUCCUGCACGUUGGUCCCGCUCUUCAACCCGAUCUAAUGGACCUGAUAUUACGGUGGCGAUUAUAUCAAUUCGUUUAUAAUGGGGAUAUAGAGAAGAUGUACCGACAAAUCGGUGUUCAUCAAGAUGACCAAGAGUUCCAGCGAAUUCUCUUUCGCAGACCGCAUAACUCAGAAGUUCAAGACUUCAGGCUGAAAACGGUUACAUUCGGAGUAAACUGCGCUCCAUUUCUAGCCAUUAGAACCCUUCAACAAUUGGCUAAGGAUUCACGCAACAGGUUCCCACUCGCUGAACAAAUGCUUCUGCGAGACACUUAUGUAGACGAUAUUUUAUCAGGCAGCCAUACAAUUCCAGAUGCUGUGAAUAAAUUAUCAGAAGUUAUAAAGACACUCGCUAGUGCUGGAUUCCCACUACGCAAGAUAACGGCCAACAACCCAAAGAUUCUGGAAAAAAUCCCGAAGUCAGAUCUCCUUGAUUCCGAAAAAGUGGCACCUUUGCGAACCGUUAGUAUCCCGCGGUUGGAACUCUGUGGCGCUGUCUUGCUCGCCCAGUUGGUCAAGUCCAUACGAGAAAACCUUGACCUGUACUUAGAGAAUACGUUCCUUUGGUCGGACUCUCAAAUUGUACUUGCGUGGUUAGAAAAACCGACUCACACCUGGAAGACGUAUGUCGCUAACCGGACGUCCCAGAUUAUGAGCAGCGUUGAUAACGCCACAUGGAGGCAUGUCAUCAGCCGUGAAAAUCCUGCAGACUUGGGUAUCCGAGGUUGUAAUCCGCGAGAAUUGGCGUCCAACACUCUCUGGUGGAAUGGCCCAGAUUGGCUUCUACGCUCCGAAGAAGCCUGGCCAAAACCUACCGUUUCGACAAUUUUGCCUCCCGAGCAAAGAAACAUAGUUGUCAAUCUCGCUAUAGAAGAGCCAGCCGAUGUGCUCGAACGGUUUUCAUCUUUUCCCCGUCACUUUAUGAUAGGCGCUCCACUCACGGCGAUUCCCGAACCCGACGCGGAAAACAUCUCACUGGUCAACCGCUGGGAAAAGCUGAAGGCUUUACAUCAUCAGUUUAGCCGUAGAUGGGAGGAUGAAUAUCUUAAGGAGCUCCACAAGCGCUAUAAUUGGCAACAUCCGCAGAAGGAGAUCGAAGAAGGUCAAAUGGUGGUUAUCAAGGACGAGCCGCUACCCCCGCACGAAUGGCGGUUAGGACGCAUCAUUAAAAUUCAUCGCGGACCCGAUAGCUAUGUCCGG